GGUUAUUAGAUCUUUUUGGUUGUCAAACGAACUGAGAAUCCAUGGCGACUCGCUCGCUCUUCCAUAGUCUUAGAUGUCGAUUGACGAAUAAUGGUCUUCUCGGAAGCAAUUUCAUUCGGAACGCCGAAUCGUCGUCACGAUUCUCCAAGUCGUACAAUGCUGAUGCAGCUAUCGGAGGCUCCCUUGUCGAGGAACCGGGUGAGAAAGACGAUCUGAAGAGCAGGAUUUUCAGAUUGAGACUUCCCAAACGGAGCGCGACUACUGUUCUCGAGAAAUGGGUUGGAGAAGGAAAUCAGAUUACGAUCAAUCAACUUCGAGAGAUCUCCAAAGAGCUUAGGAGAACUCGGCGUUACAAACACGCUCUUGAGGUUACAGAGUGGAUGGUUCAGCAUGAAGAAUCAAAGGUCUCAGAUGCUGAUUACGCGUCGCGGAUAGAUCUGAUUUCAAAAGUUUUCGGGAUCGAUGCAGCUGAACGCUACUUUGAAGGUCUGCAUAUAGAUUCAAAGACAACUGAAACCUAUACUUCUCUCCUUCAUGCUUAUGCUGGCUCCAAACAAACUGAACGAGCUGAGGCCUUGUUCAAGAGAAUCAUUGAGACUGAUAGUCUCACUUUCGGUGCCAUCACAUACAACGAGAUGAUGACUUUAUACAUGUCAGUCGGGCAAGUUGAGAAAGUACCCGAGGUUAUCCAAGUGUUAAAGCACAAAAAGGUUUCUCCGGAUAUUUUUACUUACAAUUUGUGGUUAAGUUCAUGUGCUGCAACUUUUAAUAUAGAUGAGCUCAGAAAGAUUCUUGAAGAGAUGAGGCAUGAUCCUAGUUCCAAUGAGGGUUGGGUUCGAUAUAUCAAUCUUACUAGCAUCUAUAUAAACAGUAGUAGAGUAACUAAUGCGGAGUCUGCCUUACCCGUAGAAGCUGAGAAAUCUAUUUCGCAAAGAGAAUGGAUCACAUAUGACUUCCUUAUGAUUCUGCACACUGGACUAGGGAACACGGUUAUGAUUGAUCAGAUUUGGAAGUCUUUGAGAAACACCAACCAGAUAUUGAGUAGUAGAAGCUACAUCUGUGUGCUUUCAUCCCAUCUAGUAUUGGGUCAUUUGAGAGAAGCCGAGGAGGUUUUCGAUCAGUGGAAGGAGUCUAAAACGACAGAGUUUGAUGCUUCUACUUGCUUGAGGAUCUUGAAUGCUCUUCGAGAUGUCGGUUUAGAGGGUAUAGCCACCGCCUUUCACUUGCUCUUGGCGUAUAAGAAAUGCAGCAUGGAGGAUGAGGUAUCAUAAGAUUGGUGUCUCUGAGAAAUAAGUUGUGAAAAUUUUAUGCUCUUGGCAAGAAUCAGAUCAAGCUCUUCAAUCAUGGUGGAUGAAUAAAAUAGAGGUUUCUUC